AUGUCAACAACACGGACUGUAGUUUUCAUUACGGGUGCCAAUACCGGUAUUGGAUAUCAAACAGUCCUUCAUCUCUUGAAGUCUGAUCUCCCGUACCAUAUAUUCCUAGGUGCAAGAUCGGACGAAAAGUCAAACAAAGCAAUCGAGACUCUAAAACAAGAAGUACCUUAUACCACUUCCGAGCUUACACCAGCUGUCGUUGAUCUUGAAUCAGAUGAUUCAAUUGAGAGAGCCUUCAAAGCAGUUCAGACAGUCACGGACAGAAUUGACGUAUUGAUCAAUAAUGCUGGAGUGGAGCUUGAUAGUGUCGGCCCUCAAAACGGGCUUUCAACUAGAGAGAUCUUCGAUAAAACAUGGACGACCAAUGUUACAGGACCUCACAUUUUGACGGCGAAAUUUAUACCUUCACUAAUCAAGUCUAGCAAUCCAAGAUUGCUGUUUAUCACCUCUGGAACAGCUUCUUUCGCGCUUUCUCAAAAUCCAGAAUUUAUCUUGAACAAGUAUCCAGUCGCAGGAUGGCCUAAACCACAUCAAAGGGAAUUGCCAGCUUACAAAGCAUCAAAGGUAGGAUUGAACAUGAUCAUGAGGGAUUGGCAUCGAAUCCUCAAGAAUGAUGGAGUGAAAGUAUGGACGGUGAACCCAGGCCUAGUGGUUACAGGCUUAGGAGGUGAUCCGGAAUUGUUAAGAAAGAUAGGUGCAGGAGAUCCAAGUGGAAGUGGGGAAUUCAUCACAGCUGUGGUUGAAGGCAAAAGGGACCAAGAUGUUGGUAAGACCGUUCAAAGACAGUGGUUAUAUGGCAAUAUCCUUCCAUUCUAG